GAGAUAGCAACCCUGUAAACAUCCGGUAAAUUCAAGACAGAGGUUACGUGAGGAUAUUGAGUGAACUCCUUCUCUGAAUUAACUAUGCCGGAGCUCCUUAACAAGAAUUACAGGGACCAGUUGGUCACGUGGAUCGGUAAGCCCUGUCACUUCCGGUUGUUGUACAAGAUCAGCAGGGACGGAUGUUCACCUACAUCAUUUCAUCAACAAUGUGACGGUCAGGGUGCCACUGUGACAGUCCUGUACAACACAAACAACACGAUAUACGGCGGCUAUCUGUCACAGAGCUGGAACUCUAAUGGUGGAUACAUUGAAGAUUCGGACGCCUUCCUGUUCCGGUUGCAAUAUAAUAAAUCAUCCGACCCAUUAAAGUUUCCAGUAAAUGACAAAAGCAAAGCUGGAUAUGGAAGCUCUGUAUACGGACCAACCUUUGGCGAUGGGCAUGAUAUUUAUACAUUUAGCGGAACAAUAACCAGAUCAGGGAAUGAGUUUCCUCUCAAUGGAUCCGUCAGCAAAAUUGGAAAGAGUUACAAUCUGAACAGUCAGACAGUAGACACUGUUACAAAUAAUAGUCUGAAUGUCACCGACCUGGAGAUUUAUAGAAUUGUAGAUCGCGAGGAUGAAGAAAAGCCCUGGAGAGAACACUUUGAGUGGACAACUAAGGUUUACCUGGUACUGUCCAUUGUUAAAGCAAAGAAGACAAUGCAAGAACUUAAGGAGACGUUGCAAGUCUACGAACCCAGGAUGGAAGCAAACGUGCCAGCAGCAAACAUCCUUCUGAUUGGUCAGAUCGGCGCGGGAAAAUCGAGCUUCUUUAAUUCUGUUGAUUCAAUAUUUCGCGGCAGAGUCACGAAUAAAGCAUGUAGUGGAAGUUCCGAGCGCAGCAUCACGACAAUGUAUCGACGUUAUGAACUGAAAGAUAGCUCCACGAAGAAAGUUCUUAAUUUCCGUUUGUGUGACACCUGUGGGUUCCAGGAAGGAUCUGCACUUGAUGCACAAGAAUUUUCUUUCAUCGUUUGUGGAAACCUCCCAGAUUGUUACAGGUUUAAUCCCUUGGUACCUUUUGAAUCGGAUACUCCAGGGUACAUUAAAAACCCGGAUUUAAAAGACAAAAUUCACUGCGUGGCAUUUGUUAUAGAUGGCAGCACUGUUGAUGUAAUGCCGGACAAAGUACUUAAACAUAUGAAAGAUCUACAAGCAAGAAUGAACCAUAGAGGUUUACCACAAGUUGUGUUGCUGACAAAGAUUGACAAAAUAUGCCCUGAAGUAGCUGACGAUGUAACGAAAACAUAUACAGGUACAGCUGUUUGCGAUGCCGUGAAUAAAGCAGCAGAAAUCAUGGGGCUGCCAUCUGCUCAGAUUCUUCCGGUAAAAAAUUACGUAAGCGAACCAAACCUGAAAAUAGCUUUAGACAUUCUGAUAAUGAAUGCCUUGAAGCGAUGCAUCGAUUUUGCCGAUGAUUUUAUGGACGAACAACUACUCAGAAUAUCAGCAGAAGAAAAAAAAAGUGACACAGAGAACCAAAUCAAAAAAUUUGAUUAGUUCCGAACAUUUUGAUUUUUAAUUCAGUUGAACGCUGAGUGUGAUUAGUUGUAUAAGAAAACUAAAGAUGUUUGUUUCUUUAAUACAUGCUGCUUCAAAAAGCCCCUUUUCACAAUAGUAUUGUUUGCUAAGCAAAAUUUGUGUUCAGUCAAAUUGUUUAUAGUAGUGGUUUAACAAUUAUUGCUAAAUUACAUUUAACAGAUAUGCCGAGUAAACGCGCUGCAGCUGGAAAACAUGUCGAAUUACAUUCGCGUCCGGACGAAUCGAUUUAGUUAAAUGCAGCAACAUUAUUGUAAAUAUAAUUAUGUUAAUUAAAAAGUCCUUUUUCUUUG